UGAAUUGGGAAUCUUGAUAUGGCUUCUGUCUUUCUGUUCGUUUUCUUUGUUCUCUUAAAUUUCCUGCUGCUUCACUCUGCUGAAGGAGAAAAGACAUACACCCAAAAAUGUCCACCCUUUCCCUGUGGACAUCUGGGCUCGAUUGGCUUUCCAUUCGCCAAGGAGGAAAACCCAGAAUGCGGUGUUUUCACAGUAGAUUGUCGCGAUCCGGAUUUUUUGAAGAUCCAUCUGGAGGACGGUGGAAAACUAUAUAAAUUUCUAAACAUCUCUCAGGCUAAUACCACCAUACGUAUCUUUGACGAAGAGCUUUGGAAGCAGUUGACACCCGAUGCAUGCGAAUCCUUAACCAAUUUGACUUUUCCCAACUCUUCGUUCUUCUCUUUUGAAAUCGCCCAGCCCAAUCAGACCCUUUUUAAAUGCAAAAGCAAUAGCAACAUUUCUACGCCGACAAAUUUUAAAAAUAUGAGCUGCGAUGACUACAGUAUCUACUAUAGUAGUUCAAACGAGAGUGUUCCUAGUUCUCUCUCUGAAUGUUCAAUUAUUCAGCUCCCAAAGAAUCUGAUUCAGUUCCCAAAGAAUCCGAUUCAGUUCCCAAAGAAUCGGAAGUGGUUGCCAGGUGAAGAUGAGCUGUUUCAACUGGUAGCCGUUGAGUUCGACCUUAAACUGAAUGUCUCUGAUGAAUGUUACGGAUGUUAUCAAGGAGGAGGUCAUUGUGGCCCGACGACAAGGGGAUGCUUUCUUGUGACCAAGGAUGUAACGGAUGCAGAGAAGAUCAAUGUAAGCGAGGCCACAACGGAAAACUUUAUUGCGACGAUGCAGAGAAAGGGAGUGACACAAAGCAACUGGCGAUAACAUUAGCCAUAUCUGCUGGAACUGGAGCACUAAUUGUGAUGGUUGUAAUCUAUUGCUUUAAGAGAAAUAAAAUUACUUGUUUCUGGAAGAAGGAAAGUUUAAACCAUCAAACUGUCGAGGCCUUUAUAAGGAACCAUGGGCCUCUUGUUAUUAGAAGAUACCAUUACUCAGAUAUCAAGAAAAUGACCAACUCUUUUAGACAUAAAUUAGGCAAAGGGGGCUAUGGUGGUGUCUAUAAAGGGAUGUUACAAGAUGGAUGUCUUGUGGCAGUGAAGGUUUUGAAGGAAUCUAGAGGUAAUGGAGAGGAAUUCAUUAACGAGGUUGCAAGCAUUAGUAGGACCUCUCAUGUCAACAUUGUCUCUCUUAUGGGCUUUUGCUUUGAGGGCUCUAAAAGAGCUCUCAUCCAUGAGUUUAUGCCGAAUGGAUCUCUAGAGAAGUUUAUAUAUAACAAAAGUCCUUCAAAGUCUGAUCGACAAUUGGAAUGGGAGACAUUAUACAACAUUGCAAUUGGCAUUGCUCGAGGAUUAGAGUACUUACAUAGAGGUUGCAGGACAAGGAUCUUACAUUUCGACAUAAAGCCUCACAAUAUUCUCUUGAAUGAGAACUUCUGCCCAAAAAUUUCUGAUUUUGGUCUUGCAAAAAUAUGUCCUAGAGAAAAGAGUAUUGUAUCAAUGUUGGGUGCGAGAGGGACUGUAGGAUAUAUAGCUCCCGAAGUAUUUUGUAGAAAUUUUGGAGGGGUUUCUCACAAGUCAGAUGUUUAUAGCUAUGGAAUGAUGGUUUUUGAAAUGGUUGGAGGAAGAAGGAAUAUAGAUGUCGAGAUUGAUCAUACCAGUGAAAUAUUUUUUCCUCAUUGGAUUUACAAGCGUCUUGAACAAGAUGAAGAUUUAGGACUGCAUGGUCUUAUGAAUGAAGAAGAUCAUGAACAUGUAAGGAAGAUGAUAAUAGUGAGUUUAUGGUGUAUACAAACAAACCCUUCGAGCCGGCCAUCAAUGAAUAGAGUUGUGAGUAUGUUGGAAGGGAGUCUCGAAUCCUUGCAAAUACCACCCAUGCCUUUCUUGCAUUCGCCAUCAAGAUCACCUGAAGAUUCUUUGACAACAAUGAGGAGACUAUAACUUGACUAAUCGGGGCCGUCCAUUCCAAUCAACAUAUUUUAACGGUCUGAAUAGGAGCGUAUUUU